UUUGCAUGAAAAUUACAGAUACAAAAAUGGGGAAUACUUUUGGCAUCUAUUUCUCUCUCUAAUCUAAUGCAUCCGAUUCUGCAAUACUUUUUCUCUCUACACUUUAACAAUCGGCGGUGGUGAGGGUGGUGUCAUGAAGUCGCCGGAGUGUGUCGGCACGACGGUUCCGAGCGCCGAAGAUGCUGAGAUUCAAGGUGGUACUGAUCUCAACCGGAGCUCUGAUCUCAACCAGGGGCUACGGAGGAGGCGGAGUUCGACGGCGGCGGAGAGUGGAGUCCAUGGCUCUGAGGAUAAGAACGAGAUCGAGGGCAGCGGCGGGGGAUUGCAAUCUGAGACUGAGCUGAGUAAAUCCGGAGGCGAGCCCAGCGAUGCAAAUCGAAGCGAAGAGAGGAAUGAUCACAAAGUUGCAAAUGGCGGUGUGGCCGGAGGAGUUGAUAAUACCGUAACGUUUGAAUUUGCAUAUAGGCCGUCAUCGCCGGCUCACCGUCGAAACAAGGAGAGCCCCCUCAGCUCUGACGCCAUUUUUAAACAGAGCCAUGCAGGUCUCUUCAAUCUUUGCAUAGUGGUGCUUGUUGCUGUAAAUAGCAGAUUGAUCAUUGAGAAUUUGAUGAAGUAUGGGCUGUUAAUGAGUGCUGGCUUUUGGUUUAGUUCAAAAUCACUAAGGGAUUGGCCACUUCUAAUGUGCUGUCUUAGCCUCCCGGUUUUCCCUCUUGCUGCCUUUCUUGUUGAGAAGCUUGUCCAGAAGAAGUACAUAACUGAUCCAGUUGCAGUUACUCUACACAUAAUAAUAAUGACAACUGUCAUCUUCUAUCCUGUUCUUGUCAUUCUAUGGUGUGAUUCUACUUUUCUAUCAGGUGUCACUUUGAUGCUUUUUGCUUGCAUCGUAUGGUUAAAACUGGUUUCAUAUGCUCAUUCAAACUAUGAUAUGAGAUCACUUGCAAAAUCACUUGACAAGGGGGAUACUCCAGGCACAAUUUAUGCUUAUGAGGUUAGCUUCAAAAGCUUAGCAUACUUUAUGGUCGCUCCAACAUUAUGUUAUCAGCUGAGUUAUCCACGGUCUCCUUGCAUUCGGAAGGGUUGGGUGGUGCGUCAACUAAUCAAAUUGAUAAUAUUUACAGGAUUAAUGGGUUUUAUCAUUGAACAGUAUAUCAACCCAAUUGUGAGAAAUUCACAGCAUCCCUUGCAAGGAAACCUUUUAUAUGCUAUAGAGAGGGUCUUGAAGCUUUCAGUUCCAAAUUUAUAUGUCUGGCUCUGCAUGUUCUACUGCUUCUUUCAUCUAUGGCUAAAUAUUCUUGCAGAACUUCUGCGGUUUGGUGAUCGUGAGUUUUACAAAGAUUGGUGGAAUGCAAAAACAAUUGAUGAGUACUGGAGAAUGUGGAAUAUGCCUGUUCAUAAGUGGAUGGUUCGUCAUCUUUAUUUCCCAUGCUUGAGAAAUGGCAUACCAAAGGGGGUUGCAAUUUUGAUUGCAUUUCUUGUAUCUGCUAUUUUCCAUGAGCUUUGUAUUGCUGUUCCUUGUCAAAUUUUCAAGUUUUGGGCAUUUAUUGGAAUUAUGUUUCAGGUUCCUCUUGUCAUACUGACAAAUUUUUUGCAAAACAAGUUCAGAAGUUCAAUGGUGGGCAAUAUGGUGUUCUGGUGCUUCUUCAGUGUAUUCGGGCAACCGAUGUGUGUCCUCCUCUAUUACCAUGACCAUAUGAACUCAGAAGGCAGCGAAAGCUAAAACCGAGUGAAUUCUAUGAGAUCCCGCCACAAACUCAGGACGAAAACGCAGAGUCAUCAAGUGGCGCAACUACUCGGGAUAUGAUCUUACACUUCGAUAAUACAAGAAAAUUUUGGUCCAAAAAAGAAUGUACUUUUUGCUUUAGGGGUUGAAACAUAUACUUGAUUAAUUAAUGUUGUAUUACCAUGUUAGGAAAACAUUGUAAAUGAUUCAAUCUAAAGAAUUUUUUUAUUUUUUUUAUUUUU